CAGUGUGGGAAGAGCUUCAGGUACCAGAGUGAACUCAAAGUACACGAGCGCAUUCACACUGGAGAGAAACCGUAUCAGUGCUCACAGUGUGGGAAGAGCUUUAAGUUCCAGUGUCAUCUUAAAACCCACCAGCGCAUUCACACUGGAGAGAAACCGUAUCAGUGCUCACAGUGUGGAAAGAGUUUUAAUCAACAGAGUAAUCUCAACAAACACCAGCGCAUUCACACUGGAGAGAAACCACAUCAGUGCUCACAGUGUGGAAAGAGCUUUAAAUUCCAGAGUGAUCUCAAAAUACACCAGCGCAUUCACACUGGCGAGAAACCUUAUCAGUGCUCACAGUGUGAAAAGAGUUUUAAUACUCAGAGUAAUUUCAGAAUACACCAGCGUAUUCACACUGGAGAGAAACCUUAUCAGUGCUCACAGUGUGGGAAGAGUUUUAAUACUCAGAGUAAUUUCAGAAUACACCAGCGCAUUCACACUGGAGAGAAACCGUAUCAGUGCUCACAUUGUGGGAAGAGCUUCAGAUUACAGAAUGAUCUCAAAGUACAUCAGCGCAUUCACACUGGAGAGAAACCACAUCAGUGCUCACAGUGUGGGAGGAGCUUUAGGUUCCAGAGUGAACUCAAAGUACACCAGCGCAAUCACACUAAAGAGAAACCGUAUCAGUGCUUACAUUGUGGUAAGAGUUUUAAUCACCAGGGUAAUCUCAAAACACACCAGCGCAUUCACACUGGAGAGAAACCACAUCAGUGUUUACAGUGUGGAAAGAGUUUUAAUCAGCAGGCUAAUCUCAAAAUACACCAGCGCAUUCACACUGGAGAGAAACCAUAUCAGUGCUCACAGUGUGGUAAGAGUUUUAAUCACCAGGGUAAUCUUAAAGCACACCAGCGCAUUCACACUGGAGAGAAACCACAUCAAUGCUCACAGUGUGGAAAGAGCUUCAGUUUCCAGAGUGAACUCAAACUACACCAGCUCAUUCACACUGGAGAUAAACCAUACCAGUGCUCACAGUGUGGGAAGAGUUUUAAUACACAGAGUGAUCUCAGAAUACACCAGCGCGUUCACACAGGAGAGAAACCGUAUUAUUGCUCACAUUGUGAGAAGAGUUUUAGUACACAGAGUUAUCUCAACAAACACCUGCGCAUUCACACUGGAGAUAAACCGUAUCAGUGCUCACAGUGUGGGAAGAGUUUUAAUCAACAGAGUCAUCUCAAACAGCACCAGCGCAUUCACACUAGAGAGAAACCAUAUCAAUGCUCACAGUGUGGGAAAAGUUUUAAUGCACAGAGUACUCUUAAAAAACACCAGCGCAUUCACACUGGAGAGAAACCGUAUCAGUGCUCACAGUGUGGGAAGAGUUUUAUUAGACAGAGUCAUCUUAAAAUACACCAGCACAUUCACACUGGAGAGAAAAUGUGUCAGUGCUCACAGUGUGGGAAAAGUUUUACUGCACAGUCAUAUCUCAAUAUACACCAGCGCAUUCACACUGGAGAGAAACUGUAUCAGUGCUUACAGUGUGGGAAAAGUUUUACUGCACAGGCAUAUCUCAUUAUACAUCAGCGCAUUCACACUGGAGAGAAACCGUAUCAGUGCUCACAGUGUGGGAAGAGCUUCAGGUACCAGUGUGAUCUCAAACGACACCAGCGCAUUCACACUGGAGAUAAACCGUAUCAGUGCUCACAGUGUGGGAAGAGCUUUAAUCAACAGAGUCAUUUCAAACAUCACCAGCGCUUUCACACUGGAGAGAAACCGUAUCAGUGCUCACAGUGUGGGAAGAGUUUUAAUCAACAGGCUAAUCUCAAAUUACACCAGCGCAUUCACACUGGAGAGAAACCGUAUCAGUGCUCACAGUGUGGGAAGAGUUUUACUCAACAGGGUGUUCUCAAAGAUCACCAGCGCAUUCACACUGGACAGAAACCUUAUCAGUGCUCACAGUGUGGGAAAAGUUUUACUGCACAGGCAUAUCUCAUUAUACAUCAGCGCAUUCACACUGGAGAGAAACCAUAUCAGUGUUCACAUUGUGGGAAAAGUUUUGCUUUACAGAAUGUUCUGAAAAUUCACCAGCGCAUUCACACUGGAGAGAAACCGUAUCAGUGCCCACAGUGUGGGAGCAGUUUUAAUAGACAGAGUAAUCUCAACAAACACCAGCGCAUUCACACUGGAGAGAAACCGUAUCAGUGCUUACAGUGUGGGAAGAGUUUUAUUACACAGAGUGAGCUCAACAUACACCAACGCAUUCACACUGGAGAGAAACCAUAUCAGUGCUCACAGCGUGGGAAGAGUUUUAAUACUCUGAGAGGUCUCCAAAAACACCAACGCAUUCACACAAAAACCUGGUGA